AUGGAAAGGAGAAAGACUUGGGUUGAUUACUAUGGUAACGGCAAGGCGUUUUGUAUUCCCAAACGAUAUAGCUGCUGGGCGACGGUGAUGUGCGUGCUGUCUUUGGUGGCCAAGGUUGAUAACUGUCCUGCCUACUGCACCUGCAGGGAAAACAACGGGACCGUCACAUGCCGAAACCUGCGGGAGAGAACUCUACCUACCAAUUUGCCCCAGUGGGCUAACACUUUGAUAGUGAGGGAUUAUAAUAUCACAUCUUUACUUGGGGGUUCUUUUUCUCACAACGACACAGAGCUGGAGCUCGUGAACCUUUCUCUGUCAGGCAAUAACAUCCAGAUCAUCGAAGCUUACGCUUUCUUGGGACUCACUCGCCUGCAAAACUUGGAUUUAAGCCACAACCGUUUGAUAUCUAUAGCCAGUCAGGCUUUCUAUGGUUUGAACGAGCUGCGCUGUCUUUGCCUCAACGACUCUUCUUUGAAUUCAGCUGCCAUGCAGGUAUCAAACGCUUUGGCAACCGACAGUUUGCGUAAUCUCCAAAGGCUUGAAUUGUCGGGGAAUCAAUUAAAAAGUAUGCCCAUCACAGAAUUCCACCCACUGAACUUGACAAUGCUGGUACUAACCAAUAACUCAAUUCAGACCCUAGGGAAAGAAAAUGUCUCAAGUUUGAACGAGCAUAAAGAAAUACAGGUGUAUUUGGCGUCGAACCCUUUUAAAUGCAACUGUGAACUAGACAGUUUUUAUUACUGGCUGAAGAACGCUUCGCAGUGCGCUGACGCGAGCCUACUGUUGUGUUCUGAACCGGAAAGUAAAAAGGGAAUGCCUCUCGAGAAACUAAAAAAGGAUGAUGUGGAGUGUGUAAGUUCCGACCUAGAGGCUGUGUCGGAGGCUGUGUCAUAUGUGUUCCUUGGGAUUGUCUUAGCCCUGAUUGGAGUGGUGUUCCUCAUGGUUUUAUAUCUGAACAGGGAAGGCAUCAACCGGUGGCUAAACAACAUCCGAGAGGCGUGCCGUGAUCAAAUGGAGGUGUAUCACUACAGAUAUGAGCAGGAUUCCGACCCCAGACUGGCGAACGUAGCCGUUUAG